AUGACUCAACAAGAGUUUGAAGAUUUAUUUAAUGAGGAUAUUCUCUCAGAAUUCCAAUCAUGUCUCGAGAAUGUGGACACUCAAGGAUUGGAUGAAAAAACAAACCCUAAUCAUCCUAAUAACCACACGAUUGAACCAAUCAAUCUCCAACUACACAUGUGUUUCGAAAUGCAACAACAACAAGUCGAUGAGUACAAUGAUGAAUACAAACAAUUCACUCAUCAGCAACCACAGGAAACCUCUUCGAUCCAUGAUGAAUACAAACAAUUCACUCAUCAACAACCACAACAACCACAUUCUGAGGAUUUGAAUUCGCAAAAGGACACAUUGACCAAUGUGAGCAUCCAUACACAACAGCAUGUGACAGAUUACCAAGUUGGAGGUGGUGGCGAGAUGCAAUGUCGGAUCCAAUCUUCAGAUGCACAAAAUUUAACUCAUUCCAUCCUGAAUGCAUGUGAUGCAAAACUAUUGAAAAUCGUAGAGAGCUUGAUCAUGUAUUUACAUGAACAGAGAGGUCACAUUCAACUUUUGAAUGAUUCAUCACAUCAUGGUGCCUACUUGCCAACCACAGAAACAACUACCACAGAGACACCCACUGAACCAUCCAGUUCAACGACGACAACGAUGGUCAAAAUGUCAAAACAUGAGCAUUCUUCGAUGUUGAAUGUUAAAUCCACACGUCAUUACAUGCCACACCAACAUUCAGAUGGAACAAACAACAAUUCACAUGCUUUUCAUCUGAUGCAACCAAUGAUGCCUCCAGUUGACAUGCUGGUUCACGGUUGUGGCAAUACAAUCAUGAGAUCACAGGACCCAACAACAGGCGAGAAGUCGAAGUGGAUGUCAAGCGUACAAUCGGACAUAGUUGUCCCUUUCGAAAAUGGAACUCCAAAUUUGUGUCAAAGAUCUUCCGCUGAAGAUUGGUUGGGUAAUAUUUCCACUCACAAGCAUUCUCCUCCGACAUGCAACACAACACACUUUUCGUCUCCAAACAACAACAACAAACGAAAGAAAAAAAAGAAUGAGAAUUCACACUUUUUGAAUGGUUUGAAUAGUCUUUCAAUUAAGCAUCAUCAUUAA